AUGACGUCUCACUGCCUCUUCCCGAUGGGAUUUUUGUCAGAUUCUUGCACCCCUGACCUCAUCUUCUCUCCAAGAUGGUUGUGCCGUGAGGACGGAAAGAUGCGAAUCAUGCGAUCCUCCCGCAAGUGGUUAGUUGGGGGGUCUUGGGGUCCAAUGAGAGGGAGAGGACAGGCCAAGCGACGACCCAAGCCUCACCCCGUCGACCUUCUAGAUCUGGACUUGAUCUCCGCGAGUGCCGGGUCCCAUCUGGGUUCCAUCGGGGUUACACUCUCGUCUUACUUGUGGUUUCUUAUUGAACGCCUGGGUUACACCCACUUUGUCGGCUUCCUGAAUCGCUCACCGUGA